UUCUGCCCCUCCCCCCCGCUCGUGCUCUCUUUGUCUCUCUCUCAAAAUAAAAUAAAAUGAAAGUCCUCAUGCCUACCACUGCUGACAUCCCUUGCUUGUCAGCACAUCACAGACGCGGCGCGCAGUGUGCUGAUGUGGGCCCUCCCCUCUCCUUGUUAGCUUGCAUAUGGUGUCGUGGCCCUGGGCUGCACACCUGUCUUCCUACAGAACGCUCACCCUGCAGACUUAGUAGUGUAUGCUGUACUGCUUGUCUCUUGGGACAAACACUUAGCUUUAAUGAAAAUCUUAUGAUUUUGAAAACGGCUUUAUUAAACUCUUUUCCAUCAUAGACUGCCCUCAACAAGAGUCCAGUCUUGUUUAACUGGCCUGUUCCAUCCUUUAAUGAUUCCACAUCCCUUUCCCAACCCACUUUCUACUGCCUGGCGUGACUUUAGCUUUCAGUUCACUUAUUUCCUUGAUGCCUGUGUGCUUAUCUUCCAUCUGACUGAGACCUAGAACGCUUUGCUCAUCCUUUUUAUUACCUUCCUCAGCCCCUUCUGCUUUGCUUCCUUCCCUGUCCAAUCUAGGCCCCAUGGCUUCUUACAAACUCCCUUCCCUCUUGUCCUUCUGUCCUGCCUGCAUAGUAAAGCCGCGAACCCUGACUCUCCAGCUUUCCCAGGCCAGCUCCGGCUGCUUUAGACCUUGCACAGCCAUGCUGACAGGUCCUGCCGCUCCGUAUCCACAGGCGCUGCAGCCUCAGCUUAGCAGUUACUGCUACCUGCAUAUCCUUGUUUGCGUCCCUCCUCUACUUGUGGAGUUUUCCCACAACAGACGUUUUGCCUUUUCUCUGUUUUUCUUAGUCCGCUAGUUGGUACAUGUUACAUGGUCAGUAAAUGUUAAUUGAUGCUGAAUCUUAGCAUAAAGCAAACCUAAAGGCAGCAUGUUAAAAUACGUGUGUUUCAAUGGGCAUUCACAGUUUGGUAAAGGCUGCUGAAAUCAAUGAAAUUCAUAUAAGCUUAGCUUAUGUACAGCACUACAAAAACCCCAGAUCAAAUAGUAAAAUAAUGAGGCCCCCAAAAUGUUUUCUAUUCUACAUAUCCUGUAUAUGGAUGCACACAUAACUUUUUGUUCUUCGACUUACUGCCCUCUCUUCUGUUUUUCACAAAGCUAUGACCUCUUCAGCAUGUAUUUUCAGAAUUUGCUCACACAACUUGCCUUGAAACCUUAAUAGGAAUAACAAAGAGGGAAGGCAGUGUGUUUCAGUUGGGGCUCUUGGGUGCAAGCAAUGGACUCUGGCUGUGUUUAGCAGGAAAGAAAUGUAUGAAAAGGAGGUUGAGAAGAACUCUACAAUACAGAGGACAACCUAAUUUUUAGAUGGGCAAUGAAUCUGAAUAAACUUCUCCAAGGAAUACCUACAGAUAGCCAAUAAACACUUGAAAAGAUGCUCGGUAUCAUUGGCUACAAACAGUCUGUGUGUAUUGUUUUGUUUUUAACCAUUUAAGAGUAAGCUGCAUAGAUGCUAUCCUUUUACCCUAAAAUGCUUCAAGGUAUGUUUCUUAAAAACAAGCACAUUGUCUUACACAUCCACAGUGCAGUUCUGAAAGCCAGGAAGUUGUCACUGAUACAACAUUGUUAUCUAUGAAGGUGAUGCAGAUUGUGCCAGUUGUUCCAAUAAUAUCCUAUUUAGCAGAAGAAAAUUCAAGAGCAUGCCUUUUAUUCUGUUGUCAUUUCCCGUUAGCCUCUUUCAUAUGGAUGCACGGUCUUUUGCUUUUUAUUUUUGUCUUUCAAGACCUUGACAUUUUCUUUGAUCUCUAUCGGCCAGUUAUUUUGUAGAAUGUUCUUCAAUUUGAGUUUGUAGCUUCAAGUAAUACAUUUUGGCAAGAAUUCUGUAGAAAUGUUGCUCUGUUCUUUUCAUUGGAAUAGAUCAGGAAGUAUAUGAAGCUUGUCCCAUUCCCGGGCUUUAACUUUGAUCAUGUGGUUAAGAUUGUGUCUGCCAGGUUUGCCCCUAUAAAGUUAUCAUUUUUCCCUCUGUAAUUAAUCUGUUUACAGGGAGAUAGCUUUAGACUAUGUAGGUAUUUCUGUAAAACUUUUACCCACUGAUCUUGGUAUCCAUUAUUAAGAUAAUGGCUGCCAAAUUCCAUCAUUUCUUCUAUGUUGACUUUCUGUGGACUUUCUCUUCCCCUAUUUAUUUAGUCAUAUCACUGUAGUCAUAGAUUACCCCUGGUUUGAUCCUUGUAAGCUGUCUCCAUGCCCUUUUGUCAUGUCCUCUUUUGAACUCUUCCCUACUUUCUGACACAAGAUAUUUCAGAUUAAUUUUGUACUUGAGCUACCCCAGACCUGGAAUCAGCCAUUUUUCCAAGGAAGUUAAUUUAUGUUUUAAGUAGAGGAAGGAAUCUCGUAUCUUGUGCUGACUUUCCAAAGUAAUAUUGACAGACGAAACGUAGAAAUUCCUUUAAAAAUGUUACUCAUUCUUUAAGAUUAGUUCAUUCUCUCAUUCACAGUUUCCUUUCUGUGCUUGGGGCUAAAGACUUGAAAUAGAAAUGAAGUUUAACUCCAGUGUACAUUUCAGAAACAAAGCCGAAGUAAUUAUUAGAGGCAACUACGUGCUAUACGUGUUCCAAGAUGACUUAGAAACCGAAUUGAAGAGAAAUUUGAGGAAGGAGUAGAGUUUGAUAAGUAGAAGGAAUCCAAGAAGACAUUGGGUUCAUGGGUACAGCAUGAGCAAAGGUAUGGCGCUGGGAAUAGGCAUGUCUUAUCAGGGAAUUUUGAGGAGCCUAACUGGUUGGUGGAGAUAAUAAUGUUGGUGAUUGGUGGCUAGGUGCCAUUUAUUGGGAGCUUCCAUUCCAGCCUGACUCACUUAGAAUAUUUCCUACAGGCAGUGAAGAGUCCUUAAAUUGGGGGGCUAGGUAGUUAUAAAGAGUAUGUUUUAAGAAGUUUAAUGUGAUGUUAUAUUGCAGAAUAGUUUGGAAAACAGAAGACCACUUAGGAAGCUUAAUUGAGUCUAAGGUAGUAGGAAUACAAGUUGAAAGGAAUUUGGAAAGUAAUUUAGAGGGAAGAAAUGCCUUCAGUGUGAUGAAUCAGGGUCACUGGGGGAAUGGGGAACUCUGAAAGAAAUAGGACACUGAUUUUUAUAAGGGAAAGAAAACAAAUAUAUUGCAAAGAGGUGCUCCAAAACAAGUUCGGUGAUAUCAGAAUUUUAUUUUAACUUUUUUUUUUUUCUGGGAUGCUUAAUUAAAAGCCAUAGAAUGGCUCCACAAGUCUUUAUCCAAAAUGAUAUAGUUCAGUUUAAAAGUGAUGAUUUAGGGCCAUAUAUUAUCAUUAACUAUUAGACACGGUAAUGCUUGCUGAAUCAUAACGCUUGUUAGAGAUAUUUGGUAGUAACUUUUUCAUCAUUUUAGAUUUAUGGGGAAGUAGGAAGUUGUUUGGCUUUGAUAUGCUCUAUCUACCACAUUACUGGUCUCCAAAUCAAAUCUUGGAAUUGAGAUCCAGAUUCCUGAUGGAUUUGAAAUGUCUGGCUCUCGUUGGCACUGGGGUCGAGAAAUUUGUUUCCAGGUGUGGCGUUUGAUUCUUCUUGUGUUAUUGAAGUUCACAUUCCCGUCCCUCUCUUUAAAGAAAUACAUCAUUUUCAACUUCAACUUUGUAUAAAGAAGAAAUCACUAGAAACUAAGAACUUAGCUUUCAAGAUCUUAAGAUAUCACCAAAUAUCGCGACGAGGAUAUUUUUGCCAUAUGUUGGGAGAUAAACUUUGGUGUGGUCCUAGGCCCAAGCACUCCACAAGAGGCUUUCUGGCUCACAUGCUGGAGGAAUCCUUGCUGCGGGGGUGUUUUCAUUUUCCCGUCUAACAUGGCAGUGGUCCACUGCAGCAGAGGUUUUUAGCUUAAACAAUCUGUUUGUGGGGCUGCUUAUGGCUCUUACUGUACAUUUUGAGGAGGCAGCAACUGCAAAAGAAAGAUCAAAGAUAGCUAAAAUUGGUGCUUUCUGCUGUGGCCUUAGCCUAUGUAAUCAGCAUACAAUAGUACUGUAUGUUUUGUGCAUAAUACCAUGGAUUCUCUUUCGACUUUUAAAAGAGAAGGAACUCUCCCUGGGCUCUCUGUUGAAGUUGAGUCUGUACUUCUCUGCUGGUUUAUUGCCUUACGUCUACCUUCCUAUCUCAUCCUACCUCAAUCAAGCCCGUUGGACCUGGGGAGACCAGACAACACUGCUAGGAUUUUUGACGCAUUUUCUCAGGGAAGAAUACGGAACAUUCAGUCUGGCCAAGUCUGAAACAGGAUCCAGUAUGUCUAAAAUUCUGCUUUCUCAAGUAACAAGUAUGAGGACCCAACUCUCACUCAACAUUCAAGCCCUUGCAGUUUGGGCAAAUAUAUGUUUAGCAAGAAAGGACAGACAGAAUCCAUCGUUGGUAUGGCUUUUUACUGGAAUGUUCUGCAUUUAUUCAUUGUUCUUUGCUUGGAGGGCGAAUUUAGAUAUUUCAAAACCACUCUUCAUGGGUGUGGUGGAAAGAUUCUGGAUGCAGAGCAAUGCGGUGGUGGCCGUCCUCGCUGGCAUCGGUUUGGCCGCGCUGGUUUCUGAGAGCAGCCGAGUGCUGAACACCAACGGACUCCAGUGUCUGGAAUGGCUUUCAGCAGCCGUUUUUAUCGUUUACCAAAUAUAUUCUAAUUUCAGCACUUGUGACCAAAGGACCAACUAUGUGAUUGAUAAAUUUGCAAAGAACCUUCUAGCCUCUAUGCCUCAUGAUGCAAUUAUCUUACUCAGAGGAGACUUGCCAGGGAAUUCUCUCCGUUACAUGCAUUAUUGCGAAGGGCUGAGGCCAGAUAUUUCACUAGUGGAUCAGGAAGUAAGUAUAUAAAAAAUAUACCUAGAA